AUGGCUGAAGAAUGUAGAUACACCAUUGUUGGGAGGUUUGACCGAAUUCGAUCACAAUUCAAAGAGAUGAUAAAGCUCAAAGGAUCUGCUCAAAUAGGUGUUUUUAAUAGCAACAACGUUGUCAUUAAACUCAAAAAUGAAGAUGACCUCAAAACAGUUUGGUUUAGAAGAGUUAUGGAAAUCGAUGGACAACAAAUGUGGUUGCAAAAAUGGUCGUCGGAUUUCAAACCGAAGGAGGAUCUUCCAGUUGCUCUAGCAUGGGUCCUGCUCCCACAACUCCCUUUUCAUCUCCAUACAUGGCACUAUAUCAAACAUUUGAUGAAAUCAAUAGGUACCCCUCUUGCUCUUGACUCUGCUACUUCUAGUUGCACUAGACCUAGUAUGGCAAAAAUUAAAGUUGAGGUCAAUCUAAUGAAAACCCUUCCUGAGCAAGUUUGGAUUGGAUUGGAAGACUCUAAUGCUCCUCUUAGAGGUUUUUAUCAAAAACUGGAAUAUGAGGGCGUUCCUAAAUAUUGUAGACACUGUAGAAAAAUAAGCCACUAUAUGAUGGAAUGCAGGACCAUUGAUAGAAAAAAUAACCCUCUAGAUGUUAUUACUCGUGUACAAGAAACCAUGGAACCACAUGGAGCUCCUAACAUUGAAAAACAAAGGGAUGAAGAGGAGGAAAAGAAGCAGAACAACACAGUAGAGGAGAAAGAAACAAUACCUGGUGACAUGUAUAAUAAGAAUGAGGAAAAACAGCCUGAAACUGUUCAACAAAGGGAAAAGAAUAUUGCUGUGACAUAG